AUGGCUCGCAAAAUCCGCAUCUCCACUCCUGAAGAGAUGGCUCUCCUCCGCCAACGCGUUACUGAAACCCGUAGCUGCAUCGAAAGGUUCACCAAUCGUCUUGAAGCUAUCACUCAUGAGGAACUCCCUUCUAUCACUACUCAAUUUAAUCAAACAUCAGCGACCUUGAGAAAACAAUCCAACGAGAAUAUGGCUCUAGACCUUAUCAGCGAGCGUGAGAGACUUUCGACCGAGAUGAAAGCCCUGAAGAAGGAGGAAACUAGAUUAAAUCAUAGUCUCAAAGGAUGCUUGGCUUUGAACAACAUUCUGAGUUUAGAAUUGGAUAUCUCUGAGGCUAAUGUCGAGAUGUCUGGUGGAAACGCUGGCACUGCCACAAGUAAACAUCCUACUCGGAAGUGA